GAUAUACACAGGUUAAUGGAGCUGAGUAUUGAAACUUAGAUUUACAAUGUGUCUCUGUAUGGCCUUCAUUCUAAUUUGCAUUACUCAAUGCACAGGUAUUUCAUCAGAAACACAACAGCAAACUGUUCUUAUUGCAAUAGAACAAAUUGACAUAACGUUUACCAGCAACUUUAAAGAUAACAAAGAAUUCCGGGUGUCAUUGUUCAAAGGGGUAAAAAAGUCCAUCACUGUCUGCAGUGGAUCCUUCAACUCCUCCUAUCAGUCAUUUGAGUCCAACUCAAACCAGUCCAUAAAGUGCCUUGGCAUUCCUACUGAAAGCAAAAUCACCCUUUAUCUGUCGGGCCUGACUGAGAAUGACACAGACAUUUAUUAUUUCCACAAAGAGAAUAUGUAUCCACCUCCUUAUACUUGUUAUCAAGACAAUGGCACUGUCAUUCAUGUAAAAGAGUUAGUCCCUACAGGAAAGCCAACUUUACCACAGCCUAUUUUGCCAUUGCUGGUUGGCAUUGGAGUUACAGUAGCAUACAGCGUUGCAAUUACGGCAGCAUUUUGUUACGUUUUGAAAAAAGGAAGGAGAACGAGGGUGCUACAGAGUGAAUACAUCAAUGUGGUUCCACGCAGGCCAAAGUGUCAUCAGCCGUAUGCUCCCACUCCUGCCCACUGUCGCCCUCGCUGACCGCUGAUUAGGAUGCCAGUGUAUUGCAACAAAAUGCACAUAGUGGUGCUACUACUGGAUAUCCACCACCUAGCUGUGUAACUUCACCUAGAACAACACUCGAAUAUAGAAUAGCUGUUUCAUUUCUCAUGUUCCACAUGGCAAGAAAAUACUUUUUUUUAAAAUCAUCAUUAGGAAAAUCGGUGACUUAUUUAUUGAGAGAAAAAUCUUAAACUAAAUGAAUAUUGACAAUAGAUGACUGCAUCUCGUAGAUAGGGCCAGAUUCAAUUCAGUGAGAAAAAGGUUUAUCACGUGAAAAAUCAUGGACAAGAUUCUAUUUGAGAUGCAAUUCAAUUCAGAGAAACUUAUCUUUAGGUUUAUCAGAUGAAAACACUAUUGAAGUCUAUGGAAUAAACUGGAGCUUAAUUUGGAGAAAAGUUUUUUAUUCCUCGAAUAGAAUCGGGUCCAUGGUUUUCACGUGAUAAACCAUGAGAUACAUUUUUCUCAUUGAAUUGAAUUUGAACCUAUAGCCCAAUGAGAUAAUUUUUUUCUGAAUUGAGUUGCAUCUCAAAUUGAAUCAAAUUCAUGACUUUUCAUGUGAGAAACCCUUAUUUUCAUCGCUCUUGGAAAUAUGCAUAUUGGAUAAAAUAUCCCUAUUGUAAACAAUCCACCAUGUUGUUUUGUGACCCUAUAAUCAAGGCAUUCAAAUACUGCAAAAGAAUUAAAAGAUAUUUGCUCCUUGUAUACAGAGUUUCACCGGUGUCCGUUUUGCCCUUGUGAACCUAGCCUAAAUUAUAGACUGCUGAACAUUUUUGAUGUUAGCUUCAUACAACUUAGGCACCAGGUUUCUAAAAGCAGUACUGAGUUCUGUUUAUCAUGUUGGGAUUUUGGCUUUUGUUACAGGUUGUACAAUCACAAAUAUAAUACUCUGGAAACAAGGUGAUUGUAACUGAAAAUAUCCUGUACUUGCCUAGUCAAGCAAUGCCCAUUAAAGUAAAUAAGUGGAAGGCAUUAUGUUUUUGGCUACUUUUCCACCAACCCAUGUUAGCUGAGAAUCACCUAUGCUAGCAGUGUCAGGAUUGCUCAUGGAAGUCAAUAAGAACUGGCCAGCACCAUUUCGGCUGCUUCUGGAUCAGCUAAAAUACCCUGGGAGAGGCGAGUACAAUCCCCAAAAAGAUGUAUGUAUGUAUUAUAAUCUAUGAAUUCAACUAAAAUUCUUGAUAGUGAGAUCCUGUGAUAUCCUAUACUACAUGUGAUGGUGAGCCUUAUUGGUUUAGAUCUAAUAUAUAAUAAAAAUUGCAAAAAAA